AUGGCGACGGACAGCUCCAGGGCCGUGACGACCUUGGACGUCGUCAUCGGCAACGGCGCCCCCGCACCGGCGCCCCUGGUCCCAAGGGUCAGCGGCACCAACCUCUCUGCGGUGGCAGAGGUCUUGCCCCGGGGCGCGAGCUGCGCCGACCGUGGCUGUGGUUCAGCCGACCCCGUCGAGGACCACCUGCAGGCGUUGGUUCAGAAGAGGGUGGCGGUGCUGGUCCGGUCCAAGCGGCGGGCCGCCGAGAGGGCCAGAGUCGACGAGGCGCUGCGCGGCAUCCGGCAGGAGGCGGAGGAGAGGGAGCGGUGGCUGACGCGGCUGACGGGCGAGGUGGAGGACUACGAGCUCGUCGGCAGGGCCGCGGAGGCGUCCGCCUUGGAGAGGCUGCGGCGCCAGCUGGACGUCGCGGGGACCAUGCUGGAAGCACAGAGUUCGGAGGCGGCGGCCAGGAGGGGGGCCCUGGAGGCGACCGUGGGCGAGCUGGUGGCCGCCAGGGCGGAGAUGAGGUGGCUGGCGCGCGAGGAGGCGACCCCCGACAGCCCUUGCAGGGCCUGCUCCAUCGACGAACUAGCGGCGCUGUGCGACGAGGCCUUGCGCCUGGAGAAGGCGACGAAGGAAGACCAGGAGCGUGCGGCGGUCGUCUUGGCGGAGAUGGAGGAGGUGGAUGCGGAGGCGGAGGCCCUGAGGGUGGCGCUGGCCAGGGAGACGCGUCGCCUGUACGCCAGCCGCUGCGCGGGGGCGGCGCUCAGGGCGGAGGCCAGGGGGCUGGAGGAGGAGACGGAGAGGGCUAAGGAGAGGGCGGGGGAGAGGACGGCCGAGGCGGCGUGGAUCAUCGACGACAUUGUGGACCUGUCGGCGAGGCUGGCGGGGCUUGACGCCGCCACCUCCUGCCGGGACGAGCAGGCGCAGUUCUGCGCGGGGCUGCUGCCGCAGCUGAGGGACACCAGGCGGCGGGUGCAGGGGAGGGAAAUGGCGCUGGCACUGGAGCGCAGCAUGAGCGAUCGAGGUCCAAAAAGGCGCACCGACGACGAACUGUGCGAUGUGCCCUCGAAAGAAGACCCCCCCUCGUCGUUGGGCAGCGCCAACAGCGCUGCAAGCGCAACGGCAGACAUCAAGAUUGGCGCUGCGUCUCCAACGAUCGAGCUCGAAUUGGCGCCGCCGUCGCCUUGGUACAAUGAGGCUGCAAAGGAAGUUACAUCCACAGUUUCGACGGUGCCAGGAGGAAUGACGAACGGCAGCAGUCAUUCCCGCAACCAUUCACAGGAUAGCGAAGAAGCCGCUGAAGCUGUAGAGCUUCAGGGCAGCAUCGAAAGAAAUAUCGAUGAAGAAACGGUGCUGGGAGGAAUGACGAACGGCACAAGUCAUUCCCGGGAUAGCGAUUCACAGGAAAGCGAAGAAGCCGCUGAAGCCGUAGAGCGGCAGGGCAGCAUCGAAACAAGCAUCGAUAUAGAAGCGGUGCCGGAAGGAACGACGAACGGCACUGGUCAUCCCCACUGCAAGUCACAGGAUAGCAAAGAAGCGGCUGAAGCUGUAGUGCGGCGGGGCAGCAUCGAACGAACGAUCGACGAAGAGACCGCCGUGACACAUCAAAGCCUCGGCAACGGCUCAGGCGCAUGCGCUCAAGGGGAAUGCGCAUCGGUGGGCGCACAGGUGCCAGAUGCUGCCGGCUGUUCGACUGCAAAUAGAGAGAAAUGGGUGCGCAAAAGUUUGAAGAAACUGAUGCCUGGCUCGCUGCUGCAUUUGGGAAAGCCCACGGGGAGUCGUUUAGGUUAG